AUGUUCUUUGCCCUUUGCUUGGGAAAUAUUUUAGUUCCCGCGUUUUUUGUUUAUUACUUCUCUGUCAGCUAUGACAGUAAUCAAGCUCGGAAACAUCUUCUUAAAGACUGUCCACACUUCUUUCCAAUACUGUCAUAUGAGUAUCUGUAUUUGUAUCAUCCACGGACUGCGGAUUCUCUCUUAUUUCUACUAAUAUUUUUUCCUGUUUUCAAUAUCUUAACAUUUGGUUCCAUAUUUCUGUACUGCAUCAGAGUAUACAUCGAGAAGUCAAAGUUUUUCUCGAAAACUACAAAACAGUUACAUAUUCGUCUUAUCAUCAACAUGGCCUUAACAGUUUUAAUUCCCACUCUAUCUCAUGGAUCACUUUUAGUUGUAACGAACGUAUUGAUACGCAACAAACUUGAGCUGGAUUUAUGGAUUCCAACAUUAUCCUGGUUUACGGGAUCUACUCAUGGUAUCAUGAAUUGUGUAGCAUUGGUUAUGUUGAACGAUUACUAUCGCAAAAGACUAAAAUAUGAUAUUCGGUUCCUCUUCUGUUCAACUGUGAAGAAGUUCAUUCCCGCGGCCAAGGUGUCCGUCGGAAUCUCCGUCAUCCUUUAG